AUGGAAGUAGCGUCACAGGCGGGCAGGGGAGACCUUGAGGCUUUCCGCCGCCUUAAGAAGAAACUCACGGCAUUUGACAAGCUGUGCGACAGUGACGUACUCAUUCGCACAGUGUGUAGCCCCGCCAUGAGGGCCACACACCACGGUUGGGACGCCUGCAAUGCCGCUGUAAUGCCCUGCCUCUGUGGUAGGCGCAAUUUUCUCGACAGUGUGAUGGUUCGUAAGGGCGCGCGCCAGCUUGGUGAUGGGCGCCUUCUCGCUGCCUUCGAAGGGCGGGGCCGCCUCCACCGGCGUGAUCUCAAUCCUGGCGUCCUCGACCUCCGCCUUCAUGGCUGGCAGCAGCUCCGUUUCCACGUACUACCGCACCUGCUGCUCCAUCGUGGCAAGGGGCUCGCGUGGAAGGUUACGGAACUCGAAGCCGAUUUCGCACUGCACGGGCACAGUGUUCAUGGCGUUGCCGCCGUUGAUGAGGUUCGUCGAGAUCGUUGA